AUGGCCACUUUUUGGGCAUUCGCAGCUAUUCUGUUCUCGAGCCUUUUUGCCCUUGUACUGGGUAACGGCUCCUCGCUUCCUAUCGUUGACCUUGGAUAUGAAAAUGGAGAAUUCUACAACUUUUCAAACAUCCGAUACGGACAAGCUCCAGUUGGGAAUCUACGGUUCCGGGCUCUCCUAGCUCCAGUUACCCAAAGUAACAUUGUGAAUAACGGAUCAGUGGGAGUUACAUGCCCACAGGUUGUCCCACCUUGGCAAAUCCUCGCGGGGAUGUACCUUGGUUCGCGGUUGUCGAACACAAGUUUUGACCUAGCAGCAGCCGAGGCUGCCGUUGCGGCCAUGCCUCCCCAGCCCCUGGAUCCGAAGACCUCUGAAGAUUGUUUAUUUCUAGAUGUAUUUGUCCCUCGCGCUGUCUUCCCUAAGAAUAGUCACGGUUCCGGAAAAGGAGCACCGGUUCUUGUUUGGAUAACCGGUGGUGGAUUUAUCGCUGGCGACAAAACAGCCGUAGGAGACCAGCUAUACAGUCCCGAAGGACUGAUAAAAGCCAGCCAGACGGCACCAUCGAAAGGUCUGAUUUUUGUUUCCAUCAAUUACCGAUUGGGGGCGUUUGGAUUUCUUGCGGGAAGCGAAGUUGAAGCGGAUGGAAAUGCCAACGCGGGGUUACACGACCAACGUCUAGCUCUCGAAUGGGUUCAGAAUAACAUCCAUCUCUUUGGCGGUGACAAGGGCAGAGUGACGGUGAUGGGAGAAUCCGGGGGAGGCAGCUCAAUCAUGCACCAAAUCACCGCGUUUGGUGGCAAGAGUCCGCUUCCCUUCACCCAGGCGAUCAUGCAGUCUCCUGCCUUCAUCUCCAAGGCAUCAAACUGGCAGAAUGAAGUAACUUUCAAGACCUUCUUGAAUCAUCUCAACGUCAGCAGCCUUCAGGAAGCCCGUAACCUUCCCUCGGAAAAUCUCAUUAACGGCAACAUCGCACAGAUCUCAGCCGGAGGCUUUGUUGAUUUCUCAUAUGGCCCCACUGUUGAUGGGACAUUCACACCAGGUAUCCCACAACGCCUGCUCUCCUCCGGCGCUUUUAAAAAGAAUGUCAACGUGAUGGUAGCGUAUAAUUCAUGGGAAGGCGGCCUGUUCCAGAGUCCAUACGUAACUAACCUUUCGACUUUAACGGACCUUAUCAAAGUGAUCAUUCCAAGAGUAUCGCCAGGCGCUCUGAGCGAAAUUACAGAUGGACUUUACCCACCAGUUUUUGGCGGCUUCCGGGGAUACAAGACUUGGGGGGAGCUGCAAGCGCAGUUGACAGCGGAUGCUGCUCUUGUCUGCGGCACUACCUCCAUUAGUCGGGCCUUUGGAAACCAAACUUAUGCAUACGAAUUUGCCAUCGCCCCGGGCAUCCACGGCCAAGAUAUGGCCUACACCUUUGCCACCGGCCCCGAUCCUUCCAUUGACUACAACGUGGCGAAAUCACUACAGCAGUAUAUCACAAGUUUCGUGGACAAUGGCACUCCGGUUGCUAUAGGUAGUCCAGCAUUCCCCAAGUAUGGCCCAGAUAACAAGAUCCUCAAGUUCGGCCAUACGAUUUCGCAGACUACGGAUCCUGCGGCUAAUGAGCGGUGUGAGUGGUGGAAUAAAGCACUUUAUUAUUGA